UCUCACGUUACGUCAUAUAUCCGGAAGUCCAGUGUUGUGACGGCUGGGCGAGAAACAGAACGUCUAUGUGUUCAUUGUAACCAGCCAUAAAACUAAGGCACAACUCUGUUCCAGUCAUGUCGUACGGCAAAGGAGAGGGCUAUCGUUCUGUCCCACGGGACUUCAACUCACUCAUACAGACAUGCAGCUCCAACAUCCAGAAGAUCACACAGAACACUGCUCAGAUCAAGACCAUGGUGAGCCAGCUGGGGACCAGACAGGACAAUAGUGAACUUCAGGACCGGCUGCAGCAGAUACAACACUACACCAACCAGCUGGCAAAAGAAACCAACAAGCACCUGAAGGAGCUGGGUUCGAUCCCCUUGCCCUUAUCACCCUCAGAGCAGAGGCAGCAGAAGAUCCAGAGAGACCGGCUGAUGAACGAUUUCUCAGCAGUUCUCAACAACUUCCAAGCCGUCCAGAGGAGAGCAGCCGAGAAGGAGAAGGAGUCAGUAGCCCGAGCGAGAGCUGGAUCCCGCUUGUCAGCUGAAGACGGCUCUCGGGAUGAAAAGCUUGUUUCUUUUGAUAGCCAAGAGGACUGGGGUCAGAUGACCACUCAGACAGAGGAUGUGGCCAUCACCGAGGAGGACCUGGAGCUCAUCAAAGAGAGAGAGACCAACAUCCGACAGCUAGAGUCUGACAUCUUGGAUGUGAACCAGAUCUUCAAAGACCUUGCAGUGAUGAUCCAUGAUCAGGGGGAGAUGAUUGAUAGCAUUGAAGCCAACGUGGAAAAUGCUGAGGUUCAUGUAGAACGAGGGACGGAGCAGCUUCAGAGAGCUGCCUACUACCAGCAAAAGUCCCGUAAGAAGAUGUGCAUCCUUGCUAUGGUUUGCUCCAUCGUGCUCAUCAUACUCGGCAUCAUCAUCUGGCAGGCGGCUAAGUGAAUUUACCUGCACAUUUUGUCACUACUAUAUUUUACCCUGCCCCCCUCCCACCUGCAAGAACCCGUUUGGAAUCACAAGAGCGAGAGGAAAACAUCUUAAGAGGCUGAUCAUUUCACCCUGCAGAUGAUCUGAGCUAUUGUGCGUGAUCAGGCCUAUUUUUGAUAUUGAUGACAAGCAUAUUUAUACUACAAUGAAGGAGAGGAUGGAGCGCUGAGGUGGCAAGGCAGAGUAACUGAAGAUCAGAGAUUCCUUAAUUUUGCGUCAUUCAUUCAUUUCUUGUCUUAUUUACUGCACUAACACGAGCUGUCACUGUAUUUCCAAUGUCAAAUAUAUUCAGGAAUGAUUUCAGAACAGGACUUUGUUGAGUGUAUCUGGUUGAUCUGGGCUGUAAAUUGUUGUUUUGUUAACUUGUGGCACCUCUUGAUGUAAAUUGUGUGCAGUGCCACGGUUUGCCGAUGUAGGUGUGCCGUUCAGGUGGCUCCUGUCGUCAUGGCGACACACCCGUGCGACCUGUAUAACUCCUGGUGGUGAUGACAGUCAGAGAUGUAAUAUACAUGUACAAUGAAAGCUAUAACAGACUACCGAUAUGAAUUAACUGUUUGUAAAUACUACAAUGUGCUGCAUUAUAUUCUGCUAAGAACCUCAUGAAUGAAAAAAAAAACAUUUCAGAAUGCAAAUCCAGUCUUCAAACAUUUUUUAAAUUGAUUUAUAUGACUCCUGUCAAUAUACGUAAUAAAUGUCUUGAACACUUUU